UGCCUGAAAAUUUUGUCCGUGCAUGAUAAUUUUACACUCUCCACCUGAAGCUAGACUUUGCCCGACCGGGGCUGCUGAAAUCAGGUGGAGAGUGUAUAUCGAGACGAUUAAGUCGCUGAAAGAAACUUCUUGAAUAUAUUCAAGUUAAAUUCUCUUACUCGAAAAUUUGUUUAAAAAAAAUUAAUUAUAUCAAGCUUAAAUCAUUUCAAAGCAGUGGAAUAGUUUAUAUUUCAAAAUGUCGACUUCUGAAAAUUUUGGAAAUCCAUUAAGGAAGUUCAAAUUGGUCUUUCUAGGCGAACAAAGUGUUGGUAAAACAUCCCUCAUAACCCGGUUCAUGUAUGAUAGCUUUGAUAACACUUAUCAGGCAACAAUAGGAAUAGAUUUCUUAUCAAAAACCAUGUAUUUAGAAGAUCGUACUGUUAGACUUCAAUUGUGGGAUACCGCAGGUCAAGAGCGUUUCAGGUCACUAAUUCCAUCAUACAUACGAGACUCAACUGUUGCUGUUGUGGUCUAUGAUAUCACAAAUGCUAAUUCAUUCCAUCAAACAUCGAAAUGGAUUGAUGACGUUAGAACAGAAAGAGGAAGUGAUGUUAUAAUAAUGUUAGUUGGCAAUAAGACAGAUUUAUCUGAUAAACGACAAGUUUCAACAGAGGAGGGUGAGAGGAAAGCAAAAGAGCUUAACGUGAUGUUUAUUGAGACAAGUGCUAAAGCCGGAUAUAAUGUUAAGCAACUUUUCCGGCGUGUUGCUGCCGCUCUUCCAGGAAUGGAUUCUACAGAGAAUAAACCACCAGAGGACACUGUUGAUCUACAAACUCAACCGUCGAACGAGCAACAAGAUUCUGAAGGUGGCUGCAUAUGUUAACUAACAUUUAAAUUUAAAGAAUCGGGUGCUCCGAAUUUACCUAAAUUGAACACCCAAAUUAUGUUCAUUAACAACCUUAUCAUCAUAAAAAAUUUGAGAGUGUCACAUCUAAAGUCAAGCAGCAUAGAAAUAUUGAAUUUUUUUUUUACUAAGAAACGUUUUCUAUCGCAUUAAUAUUUAUAAAGAUAUCAACAUAAUUGCUCUGAAGACAUGAAUUUUUUACACAUAAAAGCUAAAAAAUAAAGAAACGUAAGAAAUUCCUAUUGACGCCAAAUUCUGGAUGUUUAAAACUUUGAUCACUCUUAGAUAUUCCCUCUGGCAUGUAUGUAUGCAAUCAUGUUUGACAUUAGCACAACAAUCUAUACAGGAAUAUUUCAAUUUCUAUUUUCUUAGUUCGUGAUGUUUCAAAAUGUCACAUCUUGUGACUCACAUUACAAUUUUAAUAUGCUACUGGCGAAUUAUAGAUAAACUUACCGUUUGCUAAAUUUGUUUGAUGAGAGAAAUAAAAAAAUUCAGACAGGGACAUUAUUGAGUAAAUUUUUCCUUUUCAAAAAAUUAUUUAUGUUCGUUCGUUUAUUCAGCAACAAGUGGCAACAAAAAGCAUUCCAGAAGAAGAACUAUUUCGCAAGCCUAAGAAAAUAUGCUAGAAAAAAGUUAAGUUAACA